AUGUCUGAUCUAAAAAAAAUCAUUGGUCUUUCUUCGGUGCUAGCCAUUGGCUUUAUGCUUGUAAUCUUGUCCGGUGCUCUUUACAGAAAUUGGUAUCCUUUGCUCAUUGUCAUUCCCUUUUUGCUGGCACCUCUACCCCAAUUGCUCACCGAACGGUAUUCUUCUAGUCAUGACUUCUUACAAGAAGAGGAUCGUAAUCUUUUAGACUUUGGUCGAUUUGUUUUUGGCGCUACCAUCAGUACUGGCUUUGCCCUUCCUAUCGUCUUUGUAAAUGUGAGCCUAACGAAUAUACCGGCUGCAGUAAUGAGUUGCAUUGGUGGCUUUAUCAUCUUUUUGGUGAUUACCACUUAUUCUCAAGCUUUUGCUGCCCAUGAGGAAGAAUUUUAA